AUGGUCCGCGCUGAAACAGAAAUCAUAUCCGGACUUUCAUGUACAAGUUCCCCUCUGGGGAUGGCCAGUGGGGCCAUCCCUGAUUCCAGCCUGACGGCGUCAGGCUCGUGGAGCUCAACUUAUCCCCCAAACAAUGCCCGACUAAACGGUUCUGGUUGGUGGAUACACCCCAACGGAAAGCUCGAGGGUCAAUGGAUCCAGGUAGACCUCGGUCAGUACACGGCCAUCACGGGGGUCAUCGUGCAGGGAGCCAGUUCGUAUCAUAUCCGAACCUUUGCUGUAAACUACAGUAAUACGGGCGAGUCCAACGAUUGGCAGAAACUAACAGACAGCGGACAGACCGUACAGUUGAAUGGGAACGAUGCUUCCCAUCAAACUGUGAAUGUGACAUUCCCCGUGGUACUGAUGGCAAGAUUCCUCCGCAUACUUCCACUCACAUGGAGUAGCUCUGUUCAUUAUUAUUUAAGGUUCGAAGUGCUCGGAUGUCGAGUUACUAGCGGCAUGAUCCGAUUAGUGGGCGGUGAUGACAAAUGGAGCGGUCAAGUGGAAAUCUACCGCCAUGAUGCUUGGGGUGCAGUCUGCGAUAGCAGUUGGGAUAUGAAGGACGCCACCACCGUGUGUCAUCAGCUCGGCUUCAUCGAGGCUCUGGAGGCUAAAACGGGGUUGUCCAGCCGAGAGAGUGACCGGCCGAUCGUGAUGAAUCGAGUCGCCUGUACUGGAACUGAACGACGGCUGGCUGACUGUCCGUUUGUCUGUACCGGCUCUCAGCAAUGCAGCAGCUCAACUGUAGCAGGAGUCGUUUGUAAACCAAGACCUGAUGAGCUUCGGUUGGUCGGCGGAUCUCGCACAAGUGGUCGAGUGGAAGUAUACCGUGGCGGCAGCUGGGGAACCAUCUGCGACACCAAUUGGAACGAGACGGAUGCGGGGAUCAUCUGCCGACAGCUCGGUUUCUCAGGCGCACUGGAGGCGAAGUCGGCUGCCCACUUCGGGCAGGGUAGCGGACCCGUCCAUAUGGACGGCGUGGCGUGCGAAGGUUCUGAGCAGAAGAUAACCGACUGUCCCUCCUAUUGUUGGGAGGAGACAAGUUGUAGCCACUCCCACGAUGCUGGAGUGAUCUGCAGUGACGGAAACACAGCAACGUCCAACAAGUGA